AUGCCCGAUAAUCGUCUUGAAGAUCAUCCAUCUGAGACCGGCCCUCGACUCAAAAGGAGGAAGAUUCGGAAGGGUACAACAAGCUGUUGGGAAUGUAAGGACGCCGGAAACUACGCCGCAAGAUUUGUUCGCAUGCUGAUUGGCAUCUGCCAGGCAAGAAAAGAAAGAUACGAUGCCAAUUCGCCUCUGCAUCUCACGAGAUUUGCGAGGGAAUACGACAACGAGAUCACAGACCAACGCGCUGCCGAAACGACUAAACACAAGGAAACUGUAAAGAGGCUAAAAAGGGCCGAGGAACUUCUCGAGAGAAUGACGGAGGCGGCCAACCGUUUGACACCAACGGCAGAGUCCCUCAUUCCACCAGGGGGGCACUCGCCAUCUCACGUUCGAAGAGACCGUCAGUUAUCUAGCAGAUUUCUGUCACAGUCAGCGUCUCCAUCAUCAUGUCCUAGCAUCCAGGUCUUUGACAGUAUAUUGGUUGACGAAGGUGUUGACCUGCCGGACAAUCUUGGACAAGGUCCGCCUGAGACUCAUCAAUAUCGAUAUCGGAACCUCUGCAUACAUCUUCACGAAGCCAUGCCUACCCAACGAGAAGCCGCCUUCCUCAUCUCUGCAGGACACACGGCCGCGUUUCUCCAAUUUUUCACACUUCCCUACCGUGACCUAUUCAGCGGCAAUACGCGUCCGUCUUCUUCGCUUUCUGCUCUGCCAGAUCAAUCAGAUCACCCUGUUCUCCUGGCUCUGACUCUCUUGUACCUUGCCAACGGUCUUCAGAAUCUUCAUCCGUGUACUCCUAGCGCACAACUUCUCAAUCCUGACCGGCCAUCGGAGGCCAUGGACGGGUUUAUUCACGCGGCUUCCCUGGUCACCAAAGACGAUGAGCUCAUAUGUUCCCUAGAGGGCCUCGAAUGCCUCAUCCUCGAGGCUGUAUUAUAUACCAAUGCGGGUAACCUCGGCCAAGCCUGGCUCAUCAUCAAGCGAGCCGUUGGACACGCCCAGCUCUUGGGGCUCCAUAGCAACCACCCUAAAAGCUAUGCCAUUCUCAACCCGAUGUCGAAGGCGUCGCCCUCCAUCAUGUGGCAUAGGAUUGUUAGUCAAGACAGAUACUUGUCGCUUAUGCUAGAUCUACCUGCUUCCACAGCGAGCUCUGCAUCCCCUGAAGUAGCUUUCGUGCCAGGAGAGUGCCCUAGCGAGUAUCUCGAGCGCGCACACUCCAUGUUAAUGGGGCAUAUAGCUAUCAGGAAUGAGGAGGACCAAGAUAUGCAUGACCUUUCCAUCACCCAAAGCAUUGAUCGAGCAAUUCAGGAAGCGGCUCAAAGCAUGCCUCCCGAAUGGUGGUUUCUGCCUAACACCAGGAACAAGAACAUUUUUGCUAAGUCCGAUAGCUCACAAACUCUGGAAGGUAUCCUGCGUGUGCUUUUUCAAAUCACACACUUCAGCCUGCUCAUCCUUCUCCAUCUGCCAUGCAUGCUUCGCUCAUCUGGCGAAAGCACAUACAACUACAGCAAGCAAGCAUGUGUGAACGCCAGCAGAGAGCUUCUAAACCGCUACAUCAAGUUUAGAUGCAUGAAUCAUGUUGCCUUUUGUUGCAGAGGCACCGACUUCUCUGCGUUCACAGCCUGCCUGGCUCUUGUGCUAGCGCACAUUGAGAGAUGGCAAAGGGCGACGACGAAGGGGGUAGACAUCCUGGCCCAUCAACGGCUAAGCGAUCGGGCUGUGGUUGAAGAAGCCAUCGAGCUCUUCUUGGGGGUGAACGGAUCAAGCAGCGAUGACUUGCUGGAGCAAACUGCUUCUAUACUGAGGUCUUUAUUGGACAUGGAGGCCGAUGCUGCCACUCAAGCAACCUCCCCGCUGACCUCAUUGCUGUAG